AAACAGUAUCUCAAUCCGUUUAGAUAUUCUUGUGUUGAUAAUUUUUGACUUGUGCAUUACUCAUUAGGACAAAACAUGUUUGUGAAAAUAUUAGCUGUCUUCCUAUGUAUAACAAUUGCACAUGUCAAUGCAGGCUGCAAGAAUGUUCCUAAAGUAGGUGAUUUAGAAGUUGGAGAGUCGAAAGCAGCGCAAGGAGAAUGCACCAUUGCAACUUGCACAGGAGAAGGAAGCGUCGCAAUGAAAACAUGUCCGGAGUUUGUUGCAUUACCUCCCUGCAAACGUGUACCUGGAAACAGUGAACUGUUAUAUCCAGAUUGUUGUCCAAAAUUUGAGUGUCCUAAGAAAACUGAAUAAUAACGGUUAUAUUACUCUUUUGUGAAAAUAAAUCCAUAGAUAUAUUGCUUUUGAAUCCUUCUUCUACAAUUUGCGCUCUAAAUAAGAGCUCUAACUGAAAUACAAAAAUUGCAAUAUUUUUCGUCUUUGAGAAGUGGACAAUGAAUUAACGAAGAUAUUCAAUGUAACAACAUGAAAUAUGGAGUUGUUAAUAUAUGAUAAAGUGCAUACAAUGUUGCAAUACUAUUUUUGAAUCUGAAUAUAUCAUUGAUGAUCUUCACUUUGAAGUUACGUAUGGAAAGAGGAGCGUAAAUUUUCCCACAAGAUAAAUUAGUUACUUCCCUUCUAGGAAGUUCUCUACACCUCCAGAAUUAACAAAUAUAUGCUUGAUCUUCUUUGGAUAUGAGGAUAAUUAUUUAUUCUUGAAUCAAAGUAUACAUGUAUACAAAGUGGAAAUUUGGAAAUUUUCAAAAAAACUAUUUUUUUCUAAAGUGUCUUUUAUGUGGCAAAUACUACAAAAUGUUAUCAAGAUUAGACAUAGACAUUUAGAUCCCUGUACCAAACUUUUAAUUACUCUGACAAUAAUGGACUGUCAUACAAUUUUAUUCGCUUUAAAAUCUUAGAUGAAAAUUAGAUGAAAAAGUUCAUGUGAUUCAGUGUAUUGCUUGUACUAUUAAGAUAAUAAGAAUUUUCCGAGUGAUGAAUUUUUGAAUGUGUUAAAAUUUUGAAGUAUGAACUUUAUAAAGUGCUAUAGUGAAGAGAUAAAUUUCAAGUCACACCCUUUUAAGCAAGUAAAUUGCUCAUUUCCGUAGCAGCCGUCUCAUAUAUUCUAACUUUCUCUAGGGAAAACGCACAUGAACUCCACUUAUAUACAUUAAAAUAUAAUAAAUAAAACAUUGCUCUGCUAUUCGAGUAAAUUUGUUUGGCGAAUUAUGUUUUUUACUGAUUUUGUCCGUCUCUUUUAGUUGUUACCUAUAGAUAUUAACAAUGAAAAAAAAAACUGAAACUCAUUUGUUCCUUGGAAAAAAUGUUGAUACAUUUGUAUUAAAUAAUUUAAUUAAGAACUUUGUAAAAACUAUUCAUUAACAUAAAAUAUAAAUAAAUAAAGUGGUAGAUAUCAAUAAUCUCACUAC